CUCUACAAAAUUCAUUAAUAAAUUUUGAUUAAUUUUCUUUUAAAUUUGAAAAAAAUUCAAAACGGCCUCAAAAUUUUCGCUAGUAAUGUCUAAAUCUUCAGUUUAUCCUCUCUACGCCAUUGAAUCCUUAACACCUCUAUGUCAACAUCAAAAAAUUCCCCAAACAAUUCGCACUGUAUUCCAUCAAGAUAAACCCAUACGUUUGGUGGAACAUAUGCAUCUAACGAAAAUUGGUCAAUGUUCUUGCAAUCUAUGCGAAAAACGAAACAAAUCUUUUUGUGAAUGUCUGUGGAGGGAGAAUUCUGAUGCUCGAACUAGAAGAGAUUUAGAAAACUACAGUUUUAAAUGGCAAUCACCAGUGAAAAGUGAAGAAAAAGGUGCAACAUUUUGUAAUCGUUUCAAUAACAAAGAGAAAUUUAAGACAAAACCUUUUAAUUUUAUGCAAAAAUUUCGUCGUAAUUAUAGAAAAUCGAAACAAUUUUGGUGCAAAACUAAAGCAGUAGAAGCUGAAGAUACUUUCUAUUGGAUUUUGAAACCCAAAGAGAAAAUGUUCUCUUCCGAAACGGAUUUAAAUAGAAAAUUACAAAUUAAAACUUUAAGAGAAGAAAUUUUAAAGAUGAUUAAGGAAAAAGAGUUAAAAUUGAAUGAAGAGCAAAAGAAAGGCAUGGAAAAUGAAAAGAAAAGUAAUAAAAGUUUAGAUAAGGAAGUGGUUCACAAAAGCUUGGCUUUAGCAAAGUCACAAAACCAACAGCAGGUAGCGUACAGCAAAAGCUCUUCAAUUAAAAGUUUAGACAAACAAAACGAAGAGAAUUUGCAAGUUUUGCUGUUGCCUUCAGAAAGUAAAAGAAAAAUUGCUUUAAAAGAGAAUAAAGCUCAAGUAGACAAAAGCUCUUUAGCCAAGGCAAACAGCCAAAGUAAAAAUCUAAAAAUGGGAAAACUUCAAACUAAAUUGAGUUUUCUAAAAAAUCCGCAAAGUUUUGUGGAAAGUAAACAACCGGCAGACAAUUUACAAAUCUCACAGACAACUGAGCAAUUGCUAGAACAAGCAGAGAAAGGAAAAAGCUUUUCUAGUUCAAAAACUAAAAAUGAGCUUCAAACUAAUCAAAAUAAUUUAGAAAACGUUAAGAAAGGUACAAGUUUUUUGUGUAAUACAAAAGUGAAAGCUUUUAAAACAACACCUUUGAAAAGCUAUAAACAGCGAAAAAGCUCUUUAAGGGAAAUUAAAAGUUUUACUAAAAAACAACCAAAUUCUCAAAGAUGUGCAUGCGAGAGAUUGAAUAAAACAAAGUUGGCAUCAAAAACAAAAAGCUUUUUACAAAAAAAGUUUUCUGGAAAAAAGCUUGAUGUAAAAGAAAGCUGCAAAGAAGAAUCUAAAAGCUCUUUAGGCAAAAUUGAUGAUAAAAAUAAAGAUAAAGCUGAUGAAAACAAACUUAAACAAACAAAAAGUUUUGCUGAGAAGUUAUCAAAGGAUAAGCAAGUUAAUGUGAAAGCUAAAAGCUCUCUAGAAACAAAAAUAAACAAACAACAUAAAAAAGUUAAGCUGGAAACAAAAAAUUUGUCUAAAAAUGAUUUAAAACACAACUUAAAGGAAAGAAGCUCUUUAACGAAAUGUGAAGAUAUAUUAAAGCUUAAAAGCCCUCAAAGUAAAUGUAAUGUAAAUGCAAUAGAAGAGAAAUGUAAUAAUGAAAAUUUAUUGCAAAAUAAACAAAAUUCUCGCGAAAGUUUAGCUAAAUUAAACAAAAGCUCUGUUACAAAACUACAUCCACCACUAGAGAAGAGUAAAACGAAAAGCUUUUCAAAAUCUAAAAUGGAUAUUCCUUUACCACAAACAAAUUCAGUUUUAAUACAUUACAUACGAAAUAUAACAAGAGCUAAAGCUUUUAAAAGCUCUGCUAAAAGAAAAGAAAUUAAAACGAAAACAAAACUUCAGGCGAAAAGCUCUACAGAAACUAAUAAAACAACGCCAAAAAUACCAAUAUCUCUACAAAAUGUUGAGCUUAAUCAAAGCUCUUUUACCGAGGAACAAAUUAAACAGGAAAAGAGAGUGCAUUUGAAAAGCUUACGCAAAACAAUAAAAAGUUCUUUAAAGCAAACUAAAACCCUAGAGGAAAAGCAGGCCAAAAUGAAAAGCUUAAAAGAGUUUAAUAAUAGUUUAAAUAAGUCAAAUAGAAGCGGCAAAACUUUAAGUCCAAUAACUUCAUUAAACACCUACAAUCAUUUAAUGCAGUCCGUAGUACAGAGAUACCCCAAAAAUAUGAUGCCCAAAACAUACAAAGAAGAAAUUUCACGAGUUUAUGAAGAAAAUCACCAAAAAACUAAAGCUUCCCUAGAUAAACCUGUAACCAUAGUCGAAUUUUAUACCCAAAUGAAUGCUUUCAGUGAUUUACAGCUGAAAAGCUCGGAUAUACUUAAACCAGAAUCGAAGUUAGACAAGAAAAGUGAAGAGAAAUCAAAGAAAUUACAAACGAAUUCAUUAGAAACUCAAAGUAUGACAUCGUCACCUGCUAAAAAGCCUUCUCUAAAGCUUAAACAGACCACAAAAUUCUCUACCAGUUCCUGCUAUUCCAAAACUUUAGAUAAAUUAACAAAUUUAGGAAAACCUAAAACGAGAAUCCAAUUAAAUAGAAUACAAUUUGAAUUUGCUAAAGAUCCCUUAAAGGUGUUAGAAGAUGUGGGCUUUCAAACGUUAAAAACGAAACGUAAGAAAACUAAAGAGAAAAAGUUGUGAAAUUGUUGUAAAAAAGCUCUAAUGUAAAAAAGCUUUAAAACUGAAACUAUU